AUUACACAAACACGCGUUGAGAUUAAGAUUAGGUUGUGUCUGGAUGGAUCAUCCUCUCACAGAAAGCCCUAGCGGGAAUCAAUCAAUGAAGGGAAGAUUUGCGAUUCAGGAAUGUAGUCAAUUGGAAUUGAAGACGACGAGGAAUGAGACGGGGUUAUGGUGGUCGCUGCCAGAUGAGGUGGCUGUGGAUAUCCUGGCUCAGGUGUCGAGAUUGGACCUGGUGGCAUUAGCCAUGGUCUCCAGGAGACACCGAUCCAAGCCCACGGUGGUUAGUCCUCCACCCAGUGCAACGUCGGCUCAAACCGGUCCAUUCGAGCUUGCUUCCGGCCCCGGAAGCAGGAUCCUGUUUCGUGCAGACGGAUUGGGGGAUCUAUAUGAUCGGUGGACUCAGGUAUUUGAUAUGGAAACCGGAACUUGGGACUUGUUGUUCGUGUUUACGCCCAAGAUGCCUCUCAAAAUCCAACAAAGUGUGGUGUUAGACGACGACAAGAAUGUUUACGCGGUGGAUGAGGAUGGUGAAACCUUUUCUUUCUCACCAAGUAACUGUAUGCUUGUGACACACGGAAUAACAGAGUCUAACCCGGAAAAUAGAAACGAUUGGCUUUUAGCUGAGGCAUUAUUCUGCCGUGGUGUCGGCGGGAGGAUACUGUGGCGUUUACUAAAUGAGAAUGUUUGGAAGGAAGUGAAGGGUUUGGAAGAGCUGCAGAAGCAACACUGUGGUGGUUUUGAUAUCAUCAAACUCUGCCCCUUCUCUGCUCAGAGGGUGGGCAUCUUCUGGGAAGCCCGGCCUCAAGGUCCUGAUCAGAUUUUGGAGCUUUGGUAUGCCGAGCUUUCCCUGACCAGACGCCAGGGAGGCGAGGGAUGGGGGGAGGUUUGGGUGAACAUUGAGUGGUCCGGUGCUGUCCUCUCACAUAGUGGCGGCCUUAACUUGUUAUGUGCUGCUUCUCUCUAUGCCUGAAUAUUCUCAAUCCUUGUUUUUAUUUUAUAUCACAUAUAACUUGUUUUAGCUUUACUGCGAUACAUGCAAGAAGUUCUUAGCUGACCAGCUUGUUGAUCCAUUCCAAGGGUGUAAUCAUGAUAAUGCUCGUGGGCCUGAUCUCAGAACUCUGAGGUGCAAGGUGAGCUAUGCUUCUCUCCUUUUAUAGAGGUUCUUUUAUUAUUAUAAGUUUUGUGAAUAAAACUGAAUACUUAUG